AUGGCAGACACGGCUGUUCAGAUGACUGGAGAGCUAAACAACAAUCAGUCCAGGACACCGGUGUCCACCAGGAUGUCCUUCCUAUCGCCCAGACGAGGAGCGACCAUGAGCUUCCACAACAUCAACUACAGCGUGAAGAUGAAGAGCGGCUUCCUGUUCAAGAGGAAGGUCACGCAGAAGAACAUCCUCAUCGAGCUCAAUGGUAUCAUGAGGUCGGGACUGAAUGCCAUAUUAGGACCCACUGGGAGCGGGAAAUCAUCGUUUCUGGACGUUCUGGCCGCUCGUAAGGAUCCUGCUGGUCUUUCUGGAGAGGUUCUAAUAGACGGAGCUCCACAGCCUCCAAACUUCAAAUGUCUGUCUGGAUACGUAGUGCAGGAUGACGUGGUCAUGGGGACACUGACCGUUCGGGAGAAUCUGCGUUUCUCAGCAGCUUUAAGGCUCCCGAAGUCGAUCAGUCAGCAAGAAAAAGAUGAAAAGAUUGAAACACUAAUUCAGGAGCUGGGAUUGAGCAAAGUGGCUGAUUCACGGGUGGGCACGCAGCUGAUUCGUGGUGUUUCAGGUGGAGAGAGAAAGAGGACAAGCAUCGGCAUGGAGCUGAUCAUUGAUCCACCGGUGCUUUUCCUGGACGAGCCGACCACCGGCCUGGACGCCAGUACAGCUAACUCCGUCCUCAUGCUGCUCAAGAAAAUGGCGAACAGCGGUCGCACCAUCAUCCUGUCCAUCCAUCAGCCGCGGUACUCCAUCUACCGGCUGUUCGACAGCCUCACACUGCUGGUGGGAGGAAGACUGGUGUAUCACGGCCCGGCUCAAGACACCCUGGACUACUUCAGUCAAAUCGGAUAUAUCUGUGAACCACUUAACAAUCCUGCUGAUUUCUUCCUGGAUGUCAUCAAUGGAGACUCCACUGCCGUCGCUCUCAACAAGUUAUACGACGAUGAGGAACUGGACGAGGAGCAGCGGAGAUCAUCUCUGAAGGGCAUCGCGAACCAUUUGGUGGAUGAAUACAAGAACAGCGCCAGCAACAAACAGACCAAAAGCGAGCUGGAUCUAAUUAUUCAGGGACAGGACUACAGCAAACAACCCAAAUCCAGAACCAUCACCUACAGCACAUCCUUCUGCCACCAGUUCAACUGGGUUCUCAAAAGAACCUUCAAGGACCUCAUGCUGAACCCACAGACCUCAUUCGUCCAGAUCGGGGUGAUGAUUAUCCUGGCUCUCGUUGUUGGAACCAUAUUUUUUGGAGUGAAGGAUAAUAUGAGUGGUAUUCAGAACAGGAUGGGUGCACUCUUCUUCAUCACCACAAAUCAGUGCUUCAGUUCAAUGUCCUCAGCUGAACUGUUUAUCACAGAGAGGAAACUGUUUGUGCACGAGUACAUCAGUGGAUACUACAGAGUCUCGGUGUACUUCUUGUCUAAGGUCCUGUCUGACAUCCUGACUCUGCGCACCAUCCCAUCCAUCAUCUUCAGCUGUGUCGUGUACUGGAUGAUCGGUCUGAAGGCAACGGCCGAGGCGUUCUUCAUCUUUCUCUUCUCCAUCGUUCUGGUGUCUUACACAGCCACCUCCAUGACUCUAGCCAUCUCCGCUGAUCAGACGGUGGUGGGCAUCGCUACCAUCGUGAUUAACAUGAUAUUUGUGUUCAUGAUGAUCUUCUCGGGGCUGCUGGUGAAUCUCCCCAGUGUUGCUGACUGGUUGAACUGGUUGAAGUAUCUCAGUAUUCCUCGCUAUGGUCUUGUUGCUGUGGAAAUCAAUGAGUUCACUGGCCUCACCCUGUGUGACAUGAAGAACACAAGUGGCCUAGAAAUACAAGUCUGCACGAAAGGUGAGGACUUUCUGAGUGAACAGGGCAUCCAUUACUCAACCUGGGGUUUGUGGCAGAAUCAUUUGGCUCUGGGAAUCAUGACCCUCAUCUUCCUCAUCAUCGCUUAUCUCAAACUGCGCUUCAUCAAGAAAUUCACCUAAACACAAGCUCAUGUUCUUAA